AUUCUGCGAUCCAGGCUAUGAGCUGAGACAGCUAAAUAACUCCUGCUGCAAAACAUGUCAUCCCUGUAGUGACAAGUAUUUCUCGAAAGGGGGUGGAUCAGAAUGUGAGGUCUGCCCCAGUGAGCAGUAUGCAUCUCCUCAGAAGGACGGGUGUCUGAACAAAGAGAUCACUUACCUCAUGUGGACUGAUGGCAUUGCCAUCACCAUGGCCGUGUUUGUUGGCCUGGGGGUCAUCCUUCUCAUCCUAGUGGCUGCACUGUUUGCCGUGCACAGAAACACCCCCAUCGUUAAAGCCGCUGGAGGCAACCUGAGCUUCCUGGCCAUGCUGUCUCUGUUGGCCUGCUUCUGCAGUGUGGCUGUGGGCCUCAGUGAACCCACAGAGGUGACCUGCAAGAUCAGCACGCCUCUCUUCCUCAUGGCUUUCACCAUUUGCAUUGCUUGCAUCCUGGCAAACCUGCUCCAGAUCUACGUGGGCUUCCGUUUCCACGUGAAGCUGGACAAAACACUCAAACGCUUCAACAAGCCUGCUAUGAUCGUCAGCGUUUGCGCCGGGGUUCAGGGAGUGGUGUGUGCGUUGUGGUUAACCCUUUACCCCCCUCACAAGGUGAUCUCCUAUCACCAUGAAACCAAAAUCAUAAUUACAUGUCACUAUGGGUCCUGGACACUGUCUCUAGUCAUGUAUAUCUAUGUCGGCUUCCUUUCCCUUGUAUGCUUUAUAUUUGCUUACAAAGGAAGGCGACUCCCAGACCUGUAUAAGAACGCUCGAUAUGUCACCGUUAGCAUUGUCUUCCUCUGCCACUUUGCCCCAAAAUGCUACAUCAUAGUGUUUAAGAGGGACAUGAACAAUGAGAAUGCCAUAACAGAGUACAUACGUAACCAUUACCAAAAACAGACCAUAACGGUUGUAAGCUCCUAA